AUGGAUUCAUCCUCCGAAAGCAUCCCCGCCCACAUGGCUGCUGUUCAGUCCCGCUCCCUGGCAGUCGAUUUCUUGUGGUCAAAGUUUCGCAUAUCCAUUACCGAAUUCGACCCCGAAAACGAGAACCCGAAGCAAGUCUACGAUGUAUCCUGUGGAAUGCUAGCCCCUCAUCUAAAGAUAAAGUCGCUGGAAGAAAAUCGGCAAAUCGGAACUGGCACUGUCCAUGCCAUCUCCAUCAGUCCCGACUUCGAGCUCCACGGGUCCAAAGGCUCACUUCGCGCCCAGAGUCGUCUGCGCACGAGCUACACUCACAUGUCCCACACUUUCUCGCAUACAGGCGAACCCGCCAAAAUGACCUGGGCGAGCAAAACCGGGUUCAAAGGAUGGGACUUUAUCUGCUGCGAUGAAAACCAAAUCCCCGUCGCGAGAUUCACCGUCAAUGUCUGGGCGUUCAAGAAAAUUGCCAAAAUCGAGCUUUUGGGUCCGAAGGCUUUUGAUACCGCCGCUAUGGAUGAGAUCGUGGUCGUGGGAUUGACUUUGUUCUACUGCAUGUAUCUUCGCGUCAACAAUCCUCUUAACCUUAUUGGCUCUGCCUUUAUGAGGUCAGGGAAGGAGGCUCAUAUCGAGGCUCAACAGCCCCAACCUAUACACGGAAAACCUAUCGACUAA